GUUGCGGGGUACCAAUCUAUCUCCAAUAAUUGCAUUACUCACAUUCCUGGGCCAGCAGCCAACAGCAUCUGGGAGGAUUUGUCAGUCAAUAUAGAAACUGGGAACUGUGUGCUAGGAUAGCUUCUGUAUAGGGUUAUAUCAAAUCUGGAAAAAAGUGAGUGUUCACCAUGACCGAGGUUCAGCCUCGAGAGAUCAAGAUCCUCGAGACUGCUGAGGACAUUCAGCAGCGCAGAGAGGAGGUGCUUGGUAGAUACUCGGCCUUCAAACAGGCCAUCGCUGACAGACGCAACAAACUUGAAGACUCCAGACGGUACCAGUAUUUCAAGCGCGAUGCAGAUGAGCUGGAGAGCUGGAUUCUGGAGAAACUGCAGACAGCCUCAGAUGAGAGCUACAAAGACCCAACUAACCUGCAGGCAAAGAUCCAGAAGCACCAGGCUUUCGAGGCAGAGGUGGCCGCCCACGCUAACGCAAUCGUUACCCUUGACAACAUUGGAACGGAGAUGAUAGACCAGGGACACUUUGCUUCUGAAACCAUCAAGGAGAGACUUGACGAGCUGCACAGACUCUGGGAGCUGCUGCUCUCCAAGCUCAAGGACAAGGGACUCAAGCUGCAGCAGGCUCUCAAGCUGGUACAGUUCAUGAGGGAGUGCAACGAGGUCAUGUUCUGGAUACACGACAAGGAAGCGUUUGUGACCUCAGAGGAGUUUGGUCAGGACCUGGAACAUGUGGAAGUGCUGCAGAAGAAGUUUGAUGAGUUCCAAAAAGAUCUGCAGAACCAUGAAGACAAGGUGACGGAGGUGAACACGCUGUCCCAGCAGCUGCUGGAGGACGGCCACCCAGACGAGGACACGAUCAACCAGAAACGUGACGAGGUCAACGAGGCCUGGGCCCGCCUCAAACAGCUCUCACUGCUCAGACAGGAGAGGCUCUUCGGGGCUCACGAGAUACAGAGGUUCAACAGAGAUGCUGAUGAGACAAUUGCCUGGAUCAUGGAGAAGGACGCCAUCUUGUCUACAGAUGACUACGGGAGAGACCUCGCCAGUGUGCAGGCAUUGAGGCGUAAACAUGAGGGAGUUGAGAGGGACCUGGCGGCUCUCAAUGAGAAGGUUUCCCAGCUGGGUGCGGAGUCCAAGCGUCUCCAGGACAUCCACCCGGACCACGAGGAUGCCAUCAAUGCCAAGCAGACAGAGAUAGAGGACAACUGGAUGCAACUCAAGGAGAAGGGUGCGGAGAGGAAGGCGCGCCUGGACGACUCGUACAACCUGCACCGGUUCCUGGCAGACUUUCGUGACCUCGUUUCCUGGAUACACGACAUGAAGGCCAUCAUCUCUGCAGACGACCUCGCCAAGGACGUGGCGGGGGCUGAGGCCCUGCUGGAGAGGCACCAGGAACACAAGGGUGAGAUAGAUGCCCGAGAAGACAGCUACAAGUCAACCAUGGAGGCAGGCAAGAGACUGGUGGAGACCAACCACUACGCUGCAGAGGAGGUCAAGGAAAAGCUGCACACCCUGUCCUCUGAGAAGUCCAGCUUGCAUGAGCUGUGGGAGGAGAGGAGGAUCCUGUAUGAGCAGUGCAUGGACCUGCAGCUCUUCCUGAGGGAUACAGAGCAGGCCGACGCCUGGAUGACCAAACAGGAGGCGUUCCUGGCCAAUGAGGACCUGGGUGACUCACUGGACUCUGUGGAGGCGUUGUUCAAGAAGCACGAUGACUUUGAGAUGUCCCUGGCAGCCCAGGAGGAGAAGAUCAAGGCCCUGGACGAGUUUGCAACAAAACUCAUCGAGAACGAGCACUACGCUGCCGAUGAUGUGGCUGCCAGGCGUGACCAGUUGUUGAGACGCAGGGACAGCCUGUACGAUGCGUCUCAGCUGCGGCGCCACCUGCUGGAGGAGUCAUACAAGUUCCAGACGUUCCAGCGAGACUGUGACGAGACCAAGAGCUGGAUCAACGAGAAACUCAAGACUGCAUCCGACGCCAACUACCUGGACCCGACCAACCUGCAGACAAAGGUUCAAAAGCACCAGAAUUUCGAGGCUGAGGUCGAGGCUAACAAAGGUCGCAUUGGGGCUAUACAGACCUCUGGAGAGCAACUUCUGAUGGAGGAACACUACGCCUCGGAAACAAUCAGGGAGCGUAUGGAGGAGAUACUGGAGCUGUGGGCAUCCCUUCAGAAGGCCACAGAGUUCAAGGGCAACAAGCUGAGAGAGGCCAGUCAGCAGCAGCAGUUCAACAGGAGUGUGGAGGAUGUGGAGUCCUGGCUGGGAGACGUGGAGGGACAACUCAUGUCUGAGGACUAUGGCAAGCUUCUGAGACGUCAAGACCUGACCAGUGUACAGAAUCUACAGAAGAAACAUGCCCUCCUGGAGGCAGAUGUGGCUGCACACCAGGACCGUAUUGAGAACAUAGCAGUGCAGGCCAAAUCUUUCGUGGAGUCUGGCCAUUUCGACUCAGACAACAUCAAGGCUAAGCAGACCCAACUCCACAACAGAUACAAGGCCCUCAAGGAUCCUAUGGUAGCCCGCCACCAGAAACUUGAAGACGCCCUGAAGCUGCAGCAGUUCCUGAGAGACGUGGAAGACGAGGAAGACUGGAUACGGGAGAAGGAGCCCAUAGCAGCCUCUACUAACAGAGGUCGAGACCUGAUUGGCGUUCAGAACCUGAUGAAGAAGCACCAGGCCCUUCAGGCCGAGCUUGCUGGCCACGAGCCUCGCAUCAACAAUGUCAGCCAGCAGGGGACCGCAAUGAUCAAGGAGGGACACUUUGCUGCAGACGAGAUACAGGGAAAGAUCUCCGAACUGGAGGACCGAUGGCAGACUCUCAAGGACAAGGCCGGUCAGCGCAAGCAGGACCUAGAGGACUCCCUACAGGCCCAGCAGUACUUUGCAGAUGCUAACGAGGCUGAGUCAUGGAUGCGGGAGAAGGAGCCUAUAGCCUCGAACGCAGACUACGGGAAAGAUGAGGACUCCGCUGAGGCUUUACUGAAAAAACACGACGCGUUCAUGUCUGACCUUGAGGCCUACAGGACUGUGAUAGAGGGGCUCCAUGAACAGGCGCAGGCCUGCAAGCAACAAGAAGCGCCGGUUAUAGACGACCUUGGCACGGAGAAGGUGAUGGCCCUGUAUGACUACUUGGAGAAGUCUCCCCGUGAGACGUCCAUCAAGAAGGGAGACGUUCUCACUCUCCUUAACAGCACCAACAAGGACUGGUGGAAGGUGGAGGUGAACGACCGUCAGGGGUUCGUUCCCGCGGCCUACGUGAAGAAGCUGGACCCGAGCCUGUCUGCCAGCAGGAACAACCUGAUGGAUGAGUUCACCAUCUCAGUCAGGCAGAACCAGAUUGAGACUCAGUAUGCCAACCUGUUGGACCUGGGCAACCAGCGCCGUGAAAAGAUCCAGGAGUCGUGCAAGGCGUACCAGCUGGUGCGUGAGGCAGCGGAGCUGGCGGCCUGGAUCACGGAGAAGGAGGGCAUCAUGGUGGGGGAGGACGUGGGAGAUGACCUGGAGCAGGUCGAGGAGAUGCAGAAGAAGUUCCACGACUUCCAGAAGGACCUGAAGACCAACGAGGCCAGGCUGCAAGAAUUGAACAGCAUUGCUGACCGCCUGACAGCCAUGGGCAAGACAGAGGCUGCUGAGAAGAUCAGGGAACAAAUCAUUACACUGAACACUCGCUGGGCGACCUUACAGCAGGUGACUGCAGACCGCGCCCAGACCCUGGGCAGUGCCCACGAGGUGCAGCGCUUCCACCGCGAUGUGGACGAGACCAAGGACUGGAUCAACGAGAAGAACCAGGCUCUGAACAACGACAACUACGGGCAUGACCUGGCCAGCGUGCAGGCUCUACAGAGGAAACAUGAGGGCCUAGAGAGGGACCUGGCCGCACUCAACACCAAGGUGCGAGACUUGGAUGAGACUGCCAAGCGACUGAUGAUGACCCACCCUGACCAGGGGGAGCAGAUCUAUGAACACCAGACUGAGAUCCUGGAGAUGUGGAACGCUCUCACUGCUAAGGCCAACAACAGGAAGGCCAAGCUCCUGGACAGCUACGACCUACAGCGCUUCCUCAGCGACUACCGCGACCUCACAUCCUGGAUCAACAGCAUGAUGGCGCUGGUCUCGUCUGACGAGCUCGCCAGGGACGUCACCGGGGCCGAGGCUCUGCUGGAGAGACACCAGGAUUUAGGAGCUACCCCACCUCUGCCCGUGUGUGAGAGUAUCGAAUUGCGAAAGGCGACCUCUGCUUCACAACCUACGUUAAAUUUACAGAUGUUUAGCUCGGAGAUCGUUAGCCAUUACGGCAUUACUCAGUUGCCAUUGGCAAUGCCCGACGGCGAUGAGGACAGCGAGGUUGCUAUGGAAACGGAUGAGGAACACAAGACGGAGAUUGAUGCGCGCUCGGGCACGUUCCAGGCCUUUGAGACGUUUGGUCAGCAGCUGCUCCAGAACCAUCACUACGCCAGCGAGGAUGUGAGAGUCAGGCUAGAGGAACUGGCGCAGGCUAGAGAGGAACUUGAGCAGGCAUGGAUCCAGCGCCGUAUGAAGCUAGACCAGUGCCUGGAGCUGCAGCUGUUCUACCGUGACUGUGAACAGGCUGAGUUCUGGAUGUCGUCCCGCGAGGCGUUCCUGUCUGGAGACCAGGUGGAUGGAGACAAUGUCGAGACUCUCAUCAAGAAACACGAGGACUUUGACCGUGCCAUUGAUGGACAGCAAGAGAAGAUUCAGGCCCUACAAGUGUUUGCAGACCAGCUGAUUGGUGGUGAACACUACGACGCUGAUGCCAUAGAGGAUAAACGUGACCAGGUCCUAGUUAGAUGGAAGAACCUGAAGGAUGCCCUGAUUGACAACCGGUCCAAGCUGGGAGAGGCCCAGACGCUGCAGCAGUUCUCUCGGGACGCUGACGAGAUGGAGAACUGGCUGCAGGAGAAGCUGCAGAUUGCCAGCGACGAGUCCUACAAGGACCCCACCAAUAUACAGAGCAAGCACCAGAAGCACCAAGGUUUCGCGGCUGAACUUGCGGCCAACGCUGACAGACUGAAGGCCCUGAUGGCCACUGGACAAGCCCUGAUAGACAAGCACAAGUGCGCAGGCUCAGAGCCGGCGGUGCAGGCACGACUGAAGAGUUUGGCUGAGCAGUGGGAGACGCUGGUGGACAAGUCAGCAGAGAAGAGCGAGAAACUGAAAGAGGCCAGCAGGCAGCAGACGUACAACGCAGGGGUCAAGGACAUUGAGUUCUGGCUUGGAGAGGUUGAGCAGAUGCUGGCUAGUGAGGAGUACGGCAAGGACCUGGCCUCCGUACAGAACCUUGCAAAGAAGCACCAGCUCCUGGAGGCUGACAUAGCGGCCCACGAGGACCGCAUCAGGGACCUCAACCAGCAGGCUGACCAGUUCAUCGAGAGCGGCGUGUGGGACGCAGAGAGCAUCGAGGUCCGCAAGAGGACCAUCAACGAGAGAUACGAGAAGAUCAAGGAGCUUGCCAUCACGAGAAAGACUCGUCUCAAUGAGGCCAACACCAUGCACCAGUUCCUGAGAGACAUUGAUGAUGAGGAGGCCUGGAUCAAGGAGAAAAAGCUGCUGGUUGGUUCAGAGGACUAUGGGAAGGACUUGACAGGUGUGCAAAAUCUUCGUAAGAAACACCGACGUCUUGACUCUGAGCUGGCCAGCCACGAACCUGCCAUACAGGCGGUGCAGGAGACGGGAGCUAAGCUGAUCAGUGAGUCUGACAUCAACACGGCCGACAUACAGCACAGGCUGGAGCAGCUGGCCGAGAGCUGGGAGGAACUCAAGAACAUGGCCGAGAACAGAGGCCAGAUGCUGGAGGAGUCUCAUGCGUUUCAGCAGUUCUCAGCCAAUGUAGAUGAGGAGGAGGCGUGGAUAGCAGAGAAACAGAGGCUGUUGUCUGGUGGAGACCUCGGGGACACCAUGGCUGCAGUCCAGGGUCUGCUGAAGAAGCAUGAAGUAUUUGAGACGGUCCACGUGCACAGGGAUCGUUGUCAGGAGGUGCAGAAGGAGGGAGAGAAGCUCAUGCAUGAGGGCAAUCACAACCGUGAGAGCAUCGCCCAGCGUAUCAAGGGCCUGCAGGACAAGUUAUCUUCCCUUGAAGAGGCAGCUGCUCUCCGGAAGGCAGGGCUCAUAGACAACUCCGCCUUCCUGCAGUUCAUCUGGAAGACGGACGUUGUGGAGAGCUGGAUAGCUGACAAGGAGACGCAGGUCCGGUCGGACGAGUAUGGGCGAGACCUGUCCUCUGUACAGACACUGCUCACUAAACAGAUGAGACAAGCAGCUUCACUGACAGGGUACUUGAUGGUGAAGAAGGACACUUUCGAUGCGGCCUUCAAGCUUUCGAGAAGGAGGGCAUACAGACCAUAACAAUCUUGAAGGACCAGCUUAUUGCUUCCAAGCAUGCCAAGACUGCGUCCAUUAAGAAGAGAUACGACGAUG